AUGGAACCAGCACACGCCUCUUCGACGACAGUUGGUCUCGGCUCUGGCUCCCCUCCAGAUUCUAUCAACCCGAUCCCCCCACCGCCAGAAGAAAAGUCUCGCCAUGAUUAUCAGCCUAGGGAUCCAACGCCACCAAGGCCAGCUCCAGAUUACACUUUCGACGGCUUGACAGGAUGGCGACGCUACCGAGUCCUGAGACCGUGUCGAGGCAUGUAUCAUGAUAUACGUCGCCGUCUACCUUACUACAUGAGCGACAUCACCGAUGCGUUCACGUACCGAACUUUUGCAAGUACUGUUCGCAUGUACUUCGUCAAUCUCCUCCCAGCCCUGGCGUAUACUCUUGACAUGGAGCGCCGCACCGGCGGCUUCUAUGGCAUCAACGAGUCUCUGUUUGCCUCCGCGCUGGCGGCCCUUGUCUUCAGCAUUCUCAGCGCCCAGCCCCUGACUAUCGUCGGAAUCACUGGCCUGAUCUCCCUGUUCAACUACACCAUCUACGACAUCAUCAAGGAGUAUGAUGUGACGCUGUACCCGCGCUUCAUGGCCUGGACGGCCAUCUGGGCGGCGGUGUGGCACUGGGUGGUCGCGGUGGGAAACCUGUGCGACUACAUGCGGUACGUGACGGAUUUCUCGAGCGAGACGUUUGGGAUGUACGUCGGCAUUAUCUACAUGAUCAAGGGUGUAGAGGAGCUGGUGAGCCUGUUCGACGAGUUUGGGAGCGUGGAUGGGUAUCUGAGCAUCGUCAUUGCGCUUUUAUUUUCGGGGACGGUGUACACUCUCGAGAAAAUCGGGACUGGCGUGCUGGCGAAACCGUGGAUGAGGGGGUUGCUUGCUGAUUAUGCUUAUCCUAUCAGUACUAUCUUCUGGGUGGGCUUUGCACAUAUCCCAGGAACUAUCAAGAGAGCAAACAUCAGCAGGCUUGACAUCACCCGAGCGUUCUAUCCAACGCUGCCUCGAGACUGGCUGAUUGAGUUUUGGACGCUGGAUGCGAAGUGGGUCUUCGUCGCUAUGCCCUUUGGGUUCUUGGUCAUGUUACUUUUCUACUACGACCACAAUGUCAGCAGUCUGACCGCCCAGGCUAAACAAUACCCUCUCAAGAAGCCCGGUGGGUUUCACUGGGAUUUCUUCCUCCUGGGGUGCACAACAUUCAUCUCAGGCAUCAUUGGCAUCCCCUUGCCCAAUGGCCUCGUUCCACAGGCGCCAGUCCAUACCGAAUCCCUCACAGUCUACGAGACCGACCUCAAGAUCAUCACCACCGAAGAAGGCGAAGGGCACGAGAUUCGCAGACCCGUCAUCAGAGCCUCCAAGGUCGUCGAGCAGCGCAUCUCUCAUCUGCUCAUGGGUCUCGCUAUUAUAGGCACCAUGACCGGCCCGCUCUUGACGGUCCUGCACACCAUGCCGCGAGCACUUUUCGCCGGUGUCUUUUUCGUCGUCGGUUGGGGUUCGAUCGAAAGUAACGGCAUCACCAAGAAGCUCCUCUUCCUGAUAAGCGAGCGCCGCUUCAUCCAACCAGCCGAGCCCCUGCUCCGCAUCCGUCGCCGCAAGAUCUGCCUCUACCUCGCUUGCCAGAUCGUCGGCUGGGCUCUCCCAGUAGCCAUCUCUCAGACUAUUGCUGCCAUUGGCUUCCCGGUACUGGUCUGCGUCUUGAUUCCCUUCCGCUGGUGCCUGAUGCCAAGGUGGUUCACGGUCAAGGAGCUGGAAGUCAUGGAUGCCUUGACCGCUGACAACGAGGUUGUGCUGGCCAGUCUCGGUGGUGCGCCACGGCUACCCUGCUCCUCAACCGCGGACGGGUAUGCAUUAGAGCGGGGGUUCAGUGGUGGUAAGACGGCGAGAUUGCAAGUUGCGACCAGUCAUCAAUAG